AAUUUAGUACAGAUGAACAUUUAGAACAAAUUAUUCAGAUUUCAUCUGUUUGAUUUUUAUUGAAUUAUUCGUAAAUAUCACAAAUAUCACCAUUGAAAAAUUCGAAAUAGUAAAUUUUCAUAAAGACAGAUAAACCAUCCAUAAAGUCAUAUAAAUUCCAUAAUGGCAAACACCAAAAAUCCUCAACAAUCAGCACAAGAAAUUAUAUACUCGCAAUUCAUGGCAUUGCGGAAUGAACAACGAAACCUCGUCAAUAAUUUAUCCACGUUAGAGUUGGAUUUGAAGGAACACAAGACCGUCAUUGACACACUUAAAACAGUCGACGAAAACCGCAAGUGCUUUCGUUUAAUUGGUGGUGUAUUAGCCGAACAAACUGUCAAAGAGACACUUCCGAAUCUUAUCCAGAAUAGAGAUCAACUUGAGAAACUUAUUGAAAAUGGAAAAGAACAGCUGACGAAGAAAGGCGUUGAGAUUAAUAAAUUCAAAGAAGAGCACAACAUCAAAGUGAAGUCUGAGAAUGAAGAUGUGUCGGAACCUUCGAAAGAUAAAGUAGAACAGGCAAGUUCUGGAAAAAGCAAUGUUCUCGUUUCUUAAACCUUUUCAUAUCGAGUCAAUCCAAUGUUUGCAAUUUAAUUUAAAAUCUUCCUCCCUCAUCCUCACUCAAUUAAAUUAACAUUUUUCUUUUCACAAUUUUUUUCUCCUUUAUUGAAUUGUCUUUUGAUCUUUAUUUCAUAAAAAACUUGUUAGCCAUGCUAAUAAUAACCAUUUAAUAAAAAUAAAAGCCCUCAUUGAAAAUGUUUUAAAAAGGAUUU